UUUGUGAUUUGUUCACUAUUACAACAACAAUUUGUCAGGCGAGAGCAAAGGAAAAUAUAUAACCUGAAUUGAAUAACAAUGUCUGCAUCGGAGCAAGCCCCAAAGAUCAAAUACGGAGAAAGCGCACCCAAGCUGGACAGGGCCCAACUGCAGUUCAUGAAACUGAUUGAGGAACAAAAUUUGGACCGCGUGCAAAAGCUAAAACGUGUGCGCAGAAACAAUUUGCUUACAGCCGGCGCCCUAGGACUCUCAGUGCUGGCCAUAUACGGCUACUCUAUAUUCUCGGUGCAGCAGGAAAAGUUCUUGGACGACUUUGAGGAGCCCAAGAAGGUGACCGACCAACUAAGGCGGCCACUUUACUGUUACAUUUAGAUUAAGUUACUUUUCAACAAACUC